CAAACAUACACGCGCGCGCGUACACACACACACAACCCCCGCCUUCCCCAAAUAACUAUAUAUCUUUCAAAACUUGCAUGUUUCUGUGCAGCAGUGCAGACGAUAGACGCGGAUCCACAAUCCCCUACAAGUAGCUUUCAGAAUCCCACCAACCCCAAAAACGCUGAAACAAUACAAGAAGUAACUCCUUAAAUGUCAGUUUACAUAUAUUUUUCGCCCCCAGAUUAAUCAUAUUUUUUAGUCAUGGAUACCGAAGAAGAACCACCUGAAGCAAUCACGAAGCAGCCAGCGAAUCAACCGAAGACAAAGACACGUCCUCCAGCUGGUGGAUCUAAUGAAGUUGGUGAGGGUCCUGAAAUCCCUCUACCUCAUCCAGGUGCUGGACCUGAAGUAGCUGUAGCUGUUCCCCCUCUUUCUACAUCGUCGCGCGGAAGAAACUGGUCAACGGGUCUUUGUGAGUGUAGAGAAAGUAUUGCAGAUAACUGUGUGUUAUCAUUUUGGUGUUGGCCAUUCAUGAGAUGCAACCUUGCCAAGCGUUUGAAUGAAUCUCGACUGACGUCUCUCUUUCCUUGUAUCGUGUUUGCUAUGCGAGUAAAAGUGAGGGCAGAGCUAAAGAUAGCGGGAACAAUACCCAAUGACUUUUGUGCUGCCUUAUGCUGUGAGCCGUGUGUUAUGUGUCAAAUGUCCAGAGAACUGCAGGAAGUUAAUCGUUAAACAAUACAAAACAUUUCGUUUC